AUGGGUCCAAUUCCAUCUUCUCUAUGGACCUUAAAAAAGCUUACCUUGUUGCAACUUUUCGACAACAAUCUGGUUGGAACCAUACCACCUGAGAUCGAAAAUCUAAAACUCCUCACAACUUUUGAUGUAAGCACCAACCAACUAUCAGGGGUGUUGCCGGUUAACAUUUCUAGACUCAGUAACUUGGAGAAGUUAUAUGUUGACAUCAAUACUUUCACUGGUACAAUUCCUUCAGAGAUUGGAAACUUGAAAAAACUUAAAAUAUUGGAACUUUCUGAAAACCAUCUCACUGGUCCAAUUCCAAAUUCUCUAUUGAACCUCAAAGACCUCACCUAUUUUGCUGUAGACACCAACCAACUAUCAGGAGAGUUGCCCGUUAACAUUUCUAGACUGAGUAACUUGGAGGAGUUAUUUGUUUCCCCCAAUAAUUUCACUGGUUCAAUUCCUUCAAAGAUUGGAAACUUGAAGAAACUUAAAGUGUUGGAUGUCAGCAUCAAUCAACUCUCAGGAGAGUUGCCGAAAAGUAUUUCUAGCCUUUAUAACUUGGAGGCCAUCAAUGUUGUGAGCAAUAAUUUCACUGGAACAAUUCCCAAAGACUUUGGGAAGAACAUUCCUAGAUUGAAUUUUGGUCAUUGCCUGAGUGCUUGA